AUGACAAAGCCCUCUGCAGGGGCACUGCUGGCACAACUCGUAGACGAUUAUCUGGACGAGGAGCAGUACGACACUGCUGUGCAGCUUGUAGCUGAGACGUAUUCAUGCUCGCUGCGGCCACCAGCAUCUAUCUUGCGCCGACUGCUGUGUUUGAGUCUCUGUACCGAAGACUGUACAUCGCCUCAAAUUCGUGAUUCCUCUCUGAAUUUGCCACGGCACGCAAAAAAGGUCUAUGCUAGACCAACAUCGACUUCUGUGGGUAUCGCUAGGGAGCUGCUCCUUGAUUUGGCUCCGUUGAGUGAUGACCAGGAUCAUUGGAUGCCAUGUAAUUUGACAAACGAGGACGGCGCUAAACAAUGGCAGGAACAAAAGCAGCACAUUGAGACAACGACGUUCUAUGCGAGUACACCGCUCGCUUUCUGGGCGGAUAAUGCUACAUUAUAUGGAUUCGAAUCGAUCUGGGACUUGCUUCUUCGCGAACCGACCCACGCUGCAGAUCGUGAAAGUCCCUUUCCCUUACGUGUCCAUGAAUUUUGGAUGAGUCCAUUUGAUGACACACUACACAAUAGCGAGACGGAUGAACAUGAAGGGGACGGAUCAGCUCGCUACAUGACCCAAGGCGCAUGGCGUACGUUAAAUGUCUUGCUAGCCGUCUGGAAAGAUACCGGCACCACUGCCUUCUUAGGUUCGGACGCAAAGUAUCUAUCGAAAAUGCUCCAAGCGGCCUUUUCUUUUGAGCAUUCAGCAAUGUCUUCACAGGAUUCUUUAUCUCAAUUGGAAGAGCGUACGAGCGUCACAGUCCAAAUUUUGGGUCUUUUGUCGCAACCAAUAUGUGCUAAUCACGCAUCUACCAUUCGACAGUCUGCUGCUAUCCAGUUCCAGACUCUAUGCUUUUCAUCUUUAUCACUUCUGUGCAAUAUGGCGCAGCACUUGCCUAUAUACAAAGACAUUUGCUUCACAUACUUGUAUAUGCUUUAUGUUGAUGCCCGUGCUCCAGCACAGUUCUUGCACGUGGACUCGAAACAAGUGGACGUUAAAAAACUUACAGCUAUACUGAAUAUUCCGUGUCCAUUCCUGGAACGAUGUAAAUGCUCGACAUCGCCCUCUAUUACCAUGUUUCGCAUGACACAUCGAUGUUUGUGGUUAAAGUGGUGGCUUAUCCAGGCUUUGAACCAAGUACACCUGAUAAAACAAACAUCCGUUUUUCGGGAUGCGCACAUUUUCUUACAAUGCCUUCUCGAAGCGCCAUCAUUUGCUCAAGACCCAGAGCUGCGAGAAUUCUCCAGGCGGACGAAGGAUUUGAUCGAGUCGAGCAACAUGAGCAUUCGGUGA